UUAAAAAAGUCAAACUGGGUGAGAAAGAGCUCGUUUAGACGUUUCCAGUAUUUUGACACCGUUGAGGUCACAUGACCGUGUUGUCAGCUGGGCAGGACGUUGCAAAGAUGGUGAUCUUCAGUGUGUAUGUGGUGAACAAGGCUGGAGGUUUAAUUUACCAAUAUGACAACUACGUCCCGCGAGCGGAGGCCGAGAAAACAUUUAGCCACCCUUUAGAUCUGGUGCUCAAACAUCACGACGAAAAGGUCGUCGUGUCGUUUGGACAACGGGACGGAAUCAGAGUGGGACACGCAGUGCUGUCCAUCAAUGGAGUUGAUGUGAUUGGAAAGAAUACAGCAGAGGGAAAGGACAUCAUUGAAUACUUGAAAGACCCUUCAAACUAUCCAGUGUCUAUUCGAUUUGGACGGGCACGUCUGAGCUCCAAUGAAAAGCUGAUGCUGGCAUCCAUGUUCCACUCGUUGUUUGCUAUAGGUUCACAGCUAUCUCCUGAAGUUGGCAGUUCAGGGAUUGAGAUGCUAGAAACAGAUGUCUUCAAACUCCACUGCUUCCAGACUCUCACAGGAAUAAAGUUUAUUGUGCUGGCAGACCCUCGGCAAUCCGGCAUCGAUGCACUGUUGAGGAAGAUUUAUGAAAUCUAUUCAGAUUUUGCCCUCAAGAACCCAUUCUAUUCUCUGGAAAUGCCAAUCAGGUGUGAACUCUUUGAUCAGAAUCUGAAGAGUGCACUGGAGAUCGCAGAGAAAGCUGGCAACUUUGGAGCUGGAUCUUGAACCAGAGCAGACUGAAGAGUCACCAUGAAUUUCCCUGAACGGCCAUUUCUGAUCACAAGAGUUUUAUUGAAUUUCUGUGACUGAGGACCUUGGAGAGGGAAAUUAAGUGGAUUUUCUUUGUUACUUUGGGAUUUGACGCAUUGUAAAUACAUAAUAUUUUGUAAAUACUUAAAGAUUAAACUCUCGUGUGGUAAUA